UACAUCCAUGCACCCGACAAGAGCCUCCAGUGUUGCCAUAGUUACCAAGUAACAAACUAAGUUGGGGCAGGUCACAAGCCAGAUUUUGAUUGUCAACUUUUGCAAAUGUGACGUUAUCGGAGAUAAAAGAACAGGUUGUCUUCUGAAGCUUUUGAUUUCAAACUAUAAAUUAAUUAUUAAAUAAAGAACACUGACAAGGAUGGAAACAAAAAACACGCGGCCCAUUUUCCCUUGGUACAAGGAGAGGUUGCAGACCAAGUAUCAUAAAGCCCCAGCAAACAAGAUGUCCUUGAUCGGUAGUUGUUGCCGUUUUGUAAACGUGAGCCUUGAUGACUUCAGUGAUUGCUCGUCAGUCUUAUCCGGGGACCAGAGAGGUGUCUCACCAGUUAUUUUUCAUGACACUCCAAACCAGAACUCCAGUCAAAAGCAUAAAAAGUGCAUCUCUAAAGAACAUGCUUGCUUUUCAAAGCAGAUGAUCCAAAAGCAGAUUCGCAGGGAAUAUGUGGCUGCUGUGGAAGAAAAACUCAAACAGCAUCCUCUGGCUAUGUACCCGCACUAUAAGGAUCAUAUGACCCCAGAUGUAUUUGAUAAGGUGUUAUCCGUUUUGGACCCAGACAUGAGCGUUAACAGUGCCUCUGCACUUCCUACGCCUACAGGAGAUGAUGUGGAGGAGGAAGAUGAGGAAAACUGUACAGAGCCAAGUCAGGAAGAAGUGAACAGAUUAAAACACGGAACUUCUGCUGUUAAAACGCAAGUAAACUGGCAAUUUGAUUUGUAGUAUUAAUAUAAUUUGAAGAUCCAUCCAACAAAUAAACACAUGAUUCUGUCUGUAAUGCGGCUACACAUUACUUCUCAAUUAUUUUACAGCAGCACUAAUGGCCAAAAUCCAAGUCCCAGAAACCCCUAUAUUGUAAAAAUGAAUGGAAAUUGUAUCAAGAAUGGCCAACAAGUGAAUCAACUGAGCACCCAUAAGGACAUGAAAGUAGCCGCCAAACCUUUCAACAGACAGUUUGCCUCUCCGGACGAAGAGACAAAUGUUACUGAAUCUGCAAUACUGGGCCUUUCAGACUCUUCAUCUCCAACUUUCCCCAUUUAAGUGGAGGACGCCAACAAUUUCCGGCCCCAGAAUUGAAUCCUGGGGCGCCUGGGUAGCUUACCUGGUAGAGCAGGUGCCCACAUACAGAGGUUUA